AUGAACUCAACCGAAGACCUGCUUUUAGCAGAUACCAACAAUUUACGGAGAAGGCGAUUUACGGAAGUGAAAGAUGAUAUCUACAGCUCUGAGACAGGCUCAGAUAGUGGAGAAAGUAGUUCUGAUGGAGAAGAACAGUCCACUGAUGAAGGUAGUGCGGAAAAUGGAAAUGGAAAGGAAAAUAAAAGCAGUAGCCAGUAUUUACAACAGCUAAACGAAAGCAUCAAAAAGGAAGACGAGGAUUCAGCUUAUCAGUCGUCAGAAGUGGUCAUCGAUCAAAGCAGUGAAGAAGAUUUUGAGGCUUUGGACAGUAAAACAAGGGAAACCAUAAUAAAGUAUUAUAAUAAUCCAGAAAACGCUGAACUAAAUAGAAUUGACAGAAAAAUAGUGAAAGGAGCAAGCGGGCCAAAAAUUGAGGCAUUUAACUUGGAUGAAGAGGAGGAAGAGGGUUCAUUUGAAGAGUUUAACUCGAAUUUAGAUAGUCAAAAUAACAUGAAGAGAAGAAGAGAUCAGGAAAAUGACGAUACCGAUGAAGACUCAUGGGUUUUACAUGCAAAAAAAGAUGAGAUUACAAAGGCUCGUGAGGCAGAAAGAAAGGCUAAGCUUAGAUUGGCAGAGCAGGAGAGAGAAAGGAAGAAUAAAGCUAUAAAAACGACAAAUUGGCAACUUAUAGGUCAGUUAUUGGAAUUUCUAGAGCCAGUACAAACGGUAUCGGAGCUUUUACAGAAUUUGCACCAGAAAUCAUUAGAGAUCGACAAAAAGCUAAAAAAGAAGCAGAAACUCAUAAACUCAAAAGAAGGAAGUUGUCAGGAAAGUAAUAUGGAACUAAGAAAUGAGAAAAAAAUGCUCAGAGCUAGAAUAUCUAGACUAACCGAUUCCGCUUAUCAGCUUUCCCAACGUGGAUUUAAGAAUGCCUUUGAACAGCCAAGAGAAUUGCUUUUAAGAGAAUAUAGAAAAGAUUGCGGAGAAGAGUACAAGCAACGUGAUAGAGAGAAAAGAAGAAAUACACAGAAAGAAGAAAGCAUCACAAUAAGCCAAGAUGAUCAGUCAGAUUUCACCGACACUACUAACAAUAAUGCAUAUUGGGAAUUUAAAUGGAGUCUGGGGGAUGAUAAAAUAUAUGGACCUUAUGAUUCUAAAACUAUGGAAGCCUGGAAAAGCACAUACUUUGCCGAAACUCCCGCUUUUGCAAGAAAAAUAUCAACUAAAAACGGAAGAACGUUUAAAAAUGCUCUUGACAUAGAUUUUUCAAAAUAG